UUCUCCACGUGAUGCUGUGCAGAGACUCGGCUAGGGAGGUGAGGCGUUUGGGGUCCUGUCUUCGGGUGGCGGGCUUGUAAAAGGUUUAGAGAAAGUCGCUAGCUGAGGUGGAAAGAAGUGAUACUGGCUUCGAUCUUCUUCUCUCUUUGGAGACAACUUGGAAGAGCAGCCUGUCCCCCAAUCGAAUUCCGAGGACUUCUUUCUCACUGCGUGAGGUUAUUCCAGGUUGUGUUUUACAAGGAAGCUUAAAAAUGGCAUCCAAAGAAGAACUUAUGAAUGAUGAAAGGUUUCUUCGAAUUACAAAGGACCCUCGAUUUUGGGAAAUGCCAGAAAAGGACCGAAAAAUUAAGAUUGAUAAGAGAUUUCGAGCAAUGUUUCAUGAUAAAAAAUUCAAGUUGAAAUAUACUGUAGAUAAAAGAGGACGUCCUAUAAAUCACAGCAGUACAGAGGAUUUGAAACGUUAUUAUGAUUUGUCAGAUUCAGACUCUGAUCUCUCAGAUAAAGAUGGUGAAGCAUCAGACAAAAAGAAAACAAUGAAAAAGACACAGAAAACUAAAAAAGAUUCAAAAAAAAUAUUGGAUGAUAAGGAGACAAGUAACAUAAUUAAGCAAAAGGAAGCCUUUGGAUAUGGAAAAGAACCAGAAAAUUAUGAAAAUAUUUGUAAAACACAGGGUUCAAACAAAACUAAGAAAGUACAUGCACAAAAUAAUCUACAAAAGGAUGAAAAAGAAUCGACAAAUAAAGGCAUAAAAAAUCAAAAAGAUACCUUCCUAUUUAAUGCAGACACAUCAUACAGAGGAAACCUAAAGAUAUCAGGAUUGGACAAUAAUAAAAUCAUGAAACCUUCCAAGAUGAAGUUUCCUAAAGAAAAAGAGAAAUAUGAUUCAGGCCACAGUGAUAGUUAUUUAGAUGUCACUGAAUCUGAUGAAGGUGAUUUGGAGGAAGACACUGAAGAUGAUAAUAAAAUAGGAGAUGAUGAACAGUCAGAAGAUAAUGAAGAAAAUUCAGAAUGGGAUGAUGAUGAAAGUGAUAGUGGCCCUGAUUUGGCUAGAGGAAAAGGAAAUAUUGAAACUAGUUCAGAAGAUGAAGAAGAUGAUAUGACUGAAUUUUUACCAAAGGAAUCUCUUUUUGAGCAUGCAUGGAGAGAAUUAGAUAAAGAUGCCCCUCGGGCAGAUGAGAUUACUCGUCGGUUAGCAGUUUGUAACAUGGAUUGGGAUAGAUUAAAGGCUAAAGACUUGCUGGCUCUGUUCAAUUCAUUUAAACCAAAAGGUGGUGUUAUAUUUUCUGUGAAGAUCUAUCCUUCAGAAUUUGGGAAGGAGAGAAUGAAGGAAGAAAAUGUUCAAGGACCUAAAGAAUUACAAAGUAUUCCUGAAGAUGCUCCUGAAAAAGACUGGAACUCUAGAGAAAAGUUAAGAGAUUAUCAAUUCAAGAGACUAAAAUACUUUUAUGCAGUUGUAGACUGUGAUUCUCCAGAAACAGCCAGUAAAAUUUAUGAAGACUGUGAUGGCCUGGAAUUUGAAAGUAGCUGUUCCUUUGUAGAUCUGAGGUUUAUUCCAGAUGAUAUUACAUUUGAUGAGGAGCCAAAAGACAUAGCCUUAGAAGUGGAUAUAACAACAUAUAAACCGAAAUAUUUUACAUCUGCAGCAAUGGGAACAUCAACGGUAGAGAUCACUUGGGAUGAGACUGAUCAUGAAAGAAUUAAAACACUCAACAGAAAUUUUAAAAAAGAUGAACUUCUUGACAUGGAUUUUCAAGCCUAUUUAGCAUCCUCCAGUGAUGAUGAAGAACAACCAGAAGAAGAGCAAGAUGAUGUUGGAAUCAGCACGCCAGAAGAUAUCAAAUCUAAAAAGAGUCAAAAAGAUGAUGAUGAACAAAUCACCAAAUACAGGCAACUUUUGAAUCUUAUUCAAGAAAAAGAAAAGAAAUCUAAAGACAAUGACAUGGAAAUGGAAAUUAAAUGGGUUCCGGGUCUUAAAGAAAGUGCUGAAGAGAUGGUCAAAAACAAGUUGGAAGGAAAAGAUAAAUUGACUCCUUGGGAACAAUUUUUAGAGAAAAAGAAAGAGAAAAAAAAACUGAAGAAGAAGCAAAAGUUACAGACUGUUAAUGAAAGAGAAACCAGUGAAGAUGAGCUUCCAUCUGAUGUUGACUUGAAUGAUCCUUACUUUGCUGAAGAAGUUGGAAAAAUAGGUACAAAGAAAAAAUCCAAAAAAGUCUCCAAAGACGAAAAGUCUCCAGAAGAAGAAGCUGAGGUUGAAAGACAAAAUGCUGAAAUGGCUUUGCUUAUGAUGGAUGAUGAAGAGGAUGGCAGGAAACACUUCAAUUACAACAAGAUUGUAGAACAGCAGAACCUAAGCAAGAAGAAGAAAAAGAAACUCAUGAAAAAGAAAGAACUAUUGGAGGAUGACUUUGAGGUGGACGUUUCAGAUACUCGGUUCCAAGCAAUGUACACUUCCCACUUAUUCAAUUUGGAUCCUUCUGAUCCUAAUUUCAAGAAAACAAAAGCUGUAGAAAAAAUCUUAGAGGAGAAGGCUCGACAGAGAGAGCAAAAACAACAAGAACUUACAAAGGCAAUAAAAAGAAAAGAGAAUGAUCUGCAAAAGGAAACAGCAAAGAAACCCAUAGAUCCUGCUUUGUCAAUGCUAAUUAAAUCUGUCAAAAACAAAACACAGGAGUUUCAAGCAAGGAAAAAACAGAAAAUCAAAUAACUUUUUUACUUUGGUGCAUCCUAAAUACAUUUUCUAUAUUGAAAAAAUGAGUUAUCCUUAAUGACUGAAGCUCUUUCUGGAAUAAGAAUUAAACUUUGAUCCUGCUGAAUGUUUGAUAUUUUUCUCAAUGAAUAGUUACAGAAACAUAGAUGUAGCACUAGAAUGGAUUUUACAAUCCAAUUUCUUCAUUUUUCAGAUGACAAAACUGAGAAGUUGUGUCUUAUCUAGUAAGAAGAAGAGCCAAAAGUUGAAUCCCCUCUCUCCAACUCCAGCACACUUUGCAGCGUACUAUUUGCCAAAGAUUUUGUGUCUUUAUACACAAAAAUUUCUUAUUAAAGUAUAUAUGAACCUCAAAUUUUACAAUUUUUUUCAUAAAAUCAAAUCAGAUACUGAGAACCCGUAAAAUAGAUUUUAAUAUAUAUUUAGAAGUUUAAUUUGUGAAGAAUUGGAAUUCUAUAGGAUCUUACUUAUAUUUGCUUGAUUGAACUAAGAUAUUAUAUUUACUAUAGCAAAUUAUCAACAGAUCAGGUUGGUCACAGUAAUCUGGAAAUCAUUUAAGUUAAUUUAUUUAUCUUUUCUUAAAGGAUAGUCAAGAAGGCAUUGUGUCUUAGUGGACAGAAUACUAGCCUUCCAGAUAGGGAGACUUGGAUGCAAAUUCUGCCUCUGAAAUUUAAUAGCUGUGUGAUCUACAAUUAAGUCUGAGCAUCAGAUAACACAUCCAGUGCAUGUUACAUUGGUUGUGGUCUAUAAUGGUAGAGCAAGUUCUCACUAUUAAUUAGAUGAGGCUGAUAAUUUGGCAUAUUAAAUCUUUUAGGGCAAUAAACUAGGACCUUUCUUUGAAAUCUAUAUAUGGUUCUCAUUUUUUUUAUGAAUUUAAAUUUUUCUGUUAAUAUUUGAAGUCUUCUACUUUGAGGAAGCAAGUUAGCUAAUAAAGAAAUGGAUUAUAAUGACUUUUUGAAGAUGCUUGGCAGAGAAGGGAAGGAAUCACAUGAGAAAGGACUGUCUGUUACUUUUUCUCAUUUGUCUGUAUUUAAAAAAAAAAAAAAAAACACAAGCUUAUACCCUAGGGAAAAUAAUCUGGAAAACAAAUUCAAACAAGAAAAUAGAUGAUGAAGAUGAAAACCAUGUUCAUAUUUCUAAUAACCACAUUUGAAAUGUUAGUGAAGUCUUCAAUGAUUCCUCUUUGUGCAGUAAAGGAGAAUUCUUUUGUCUGACCUUCAGCUCAAUAAUAUUUUUAAAUAGAUGAACAUGCUGCUAGAAAGCUUAAGAAUAGUCUUCAGUUUUUAGUAUUCAAAACCUUGGGUUUCAUGUUUUAGUUUUUAUCAACUACUAACUGACCACUUGUUAGGAGUCAAUAUUGCAGUUCAAUAGUAUAUACACAAAUAAAAUUGGAAAGGUCAGUAAAUAAGAGCAAAUACUAAAUAUGAUAGUUUCUAAAAUGCAAAAGGAGUUGGCUGGUUUUGUGGGUUAAUAGUAAAUGUGGCAUAUUUAGUAUUAAAAUUCAGGCUUGCAGAUGUAGCAUGAUUUUGCACUGUAUGGGGAUGUAAAACUCAUUAGUGUGGUAUCAGAGAAAAAAGGGGAAUUCAAAAAGCCUGUGAGCAGGAAAAAAAAAGAUGGAACAUUUGAAUUGUUUAGAGCUAGCUGCCAGAACUUUGGAAUGCCUGAAAAGGAAAUUGUUUUUAUUAUAAAGCAGUGACUCCAUUAAAUUACUGAACUGUA